UUUGAUUUUCUUUAUAAUAUUCUAGAGUUUUUUCAAUAAUAUCUUUUAUUAAAUCUUCAUUAUUUUUUUCAAUGGCUAACUUUAAUAAUCUAAUUCCAUAACGUGUUAAAAAAUCCUUUUGACUCAAUAAAUAUAAAAUCCACUGCUUUUUCAAGUUAUCUGUAGGAUUAACAAUUUCAUCAAUUUCAUAAGAAUUUAAUCUAGACUUAGUUGCAUAUUCCAAAAAUUCAAUAUUAAAGCAUUUUUUUUGUAUUUUGUAUCCCAUAUCUAAUGUGUAAAUAUAUAAUUCUCUUUUUUUGUAUGUUUUUUUGUGUGUUCUUUUGUGUGGUUCUAUGAAUUUUUUAUAACAAUAUGAUCCUUUUUUGCCUUUUUCAUCACAGCCUCCAUAAAAUAAUAAUGUGUUGUCACAAACUUUCUUAUAUUUCCACUCUUCACACUUCAAUUUUGUAUCAUAUGAAUAUAUCUUUUUACCAUUUGAUAUUAAUAUUAAGGAAUAUUCAUCAUGAUUUUUGUUCUUUUUUCUUACUUCUUUUAUUAAUUCAUUUUUAUUUUGUUCUUUCUUCACUUCAUUUUGUUUUUUUAUUAAAUCUAUGUAAUGUUCUAUAAACUGAUCUUCAUCACUAAAUUUUUUAAUGUUAUAAAAUAUAUUUUCAUCAUUAAUCCCUUUCAAUUUUAAUGUAUUUUCAUUUUCAUUACCAUUAACUCCAUCUGGAUUUAUGAUUAGCUUAUAGUCAACUUUUUCAUGAGAAUCUUUUUCAAAUAAUAUUUUCCAAUUGUUAUAACAAUAUAUAUAUUUUAGUAAUCCAUUGAUUAUUAUUAUAAUAACAAUAUAAAUAUGCUUUGUUAUCCUUAAAUUCAAUAUGAACAAAACGAUCAUUAAAAUCAAUAUUUGGAUCAUUCUCAG